GCCGUCGCAACACUCCGUCGUAUGGAGGCUCGGGCCGCAAAUUCAUCCUCCCCGCCGCAAAGAAUGGGAAAGUGAAGGCUCUCCUUUCUUCAACCACACUGCGUUCUUGCCACUAGCCUCUCAUUUUGCUACCAUAAUUGAUCUAUUUCAAUGUCUCGACAUUAAUGAGUCUGUCCUCUGCGAAGCGAGCGACUGUCCGGGUUCGCGCCUUGGCGGACAGUUCUUGUUUCAUAUCAACUUCCAAGCGCAAAUACAGUACACCCCAGGUUAAAAGACGGCCAGAGUUUCACGACUACUUCGUCACACAUCUCCCCUCAUCGUCGCUCCAUCCCGAUCCUCGAGGCCCGCUCGCGCCCUUUCAUAAACUCCCUCGUUCGGAGUCAGUACCUCAUACCGGAGAGAUCUCGCAUUCGCCUGCGUCGUUCCAGGCUCUGACAAACCGCGAAGCCACCGUUGUCCGAAUUCCACUUCGCAGCGCGAAACAUCAUUUCGGCGCCUCGAGUUCUCGGGGUACUCGUCGGUCAAAUGAAGACACACACCAGGCCGGUGUGAUUGAUUUGCCCGCGUUUGCGAAUCGACCACCGGCGUCGCUUACAAUCAGACGAGGGGCUGGUCCUGGGCCUCGUGAGAAUCGCGCGGCAGACAGUGCCAGCGGUGAUCCGCAGGUCUUCUACUUCGGAGUCUUUGACGGACACGGUGGGACGGAAUGCAGUACGUUCCUUAAGGAGAAUCUACAUGAAUACAUCCAGAACACAGCUACAGAAUUUGAAUUGCGGUCGAGUCUGAGGGACAAGGGGGAGGAGGGAUCGAAAGAGGAGCCCGAGACUCUGCCCAUUGUCCAGGGAGCGAACCGGCAACUAAUUGGCGAGCUAGAAAAGGAGCUCGUGAAGAAUUGGCGGAGUCUUGUUGGGGGUUACUUCAAAAGAUUUAUCCCGCCUCACUUCUCCUAUUUCGGACGAGAUGAUGUUGCAGAGCAGACUGACAGAAAGUCUCGCAAAGAGGGCGUCACCAUCGAAGAAGUGAUGGAAUAUGCCUUCCUACACGCGGACUACGACUUUGUGUCAGCACAAGCGGCGAGACGGGACAAUGAACUAGUAAAGGCUGGCCAACCUCUACAGCAAGACGAGAUCCUCUACGGUGCAGACCAUCCGGCGACGAACAAGAAGAUCUCAGGCAACACCCGCUUCAAGGGCGGAAGCACCGCCAGCGUCGUGCUCAUCUCCACCCCGACCCCAGCACCGUUCUGGUACCCGACCACGUCGUCUAGCUUGUUGGUAUCGCAUGUAGGCGACACAAGGAUGCUGUUAUGUUCCACGGUCACCGGCGAAUCUAUCCCUCUGACUUCAAACCACCACCCAUCCUCACCGCCCGAGGCGGCCAGACUCCGUCGCUACGCCACGACAUUCGUGACCGACUCGUUCGGCGAGGAACGCAUGAGCGGUCUAGCCAACACCCGUUCCUUCGGAGAUGUCCAAUCCAAACGUAUCGGUGUCUCUGCAGAGCCCGAAAUUUACCGCCUUGAGAUGGCCCCCGCGGAAUUCUCGUUCUUGGUCCUCAUGACCGACGGUAUCAGUGGAUCUCUCGACGACCAGGAAAUCGUCGACAUCGUCAAGGAGGCUCGUACACCGGAAGAGGCGUCCAAGGACGUCGUCAGCUUUGCAACUGAAGUCACCAAAACCGGAGACAAUGCCACCUGCCUCGUUGUCCGUUUAGGCGGAUGGGAACGCCGGCUGGAAGGCGGGCUGGGAAGCAUGGGGACGAAGGAGUCUCGCGAAUGGCGUAGGCAGGAAGCUACUGAUCCGCGCAGGUCACGGACAUGAUGAUUGAUAUUUCUAAGGUAUCUAUGGUUUGCUUUUCUUUGCUUUGUUGUACAUAGUUCCCUGGUGUCAUCUUCGGUUCGGUCAUUGGUCAUUGGUCAUCGGGUUUUGUUCUUUUCUUUUUAUUUGUUGUACAUAUAAAACUGAUAUUCACAAGGCUUUGCUGGCUUUCUUUUGUUUGAAUGUCGAGUGCCACCGGGUUUAUGGAAGGAGAUUAAUAUAACGGGAAGGCCAAUAUUUGCAAACAAAAACAUAUGUUCUUUUUCGUUUUUUGGGCUAUUCUACGUUUUCUUCUGUGUACCAACAAUGUACCACCUUCGACCCGGAAAUUUUACAAUGAGCUGUAGC